GCCUGCCUGCCUGCCUGCCUGCCUGCCAGCCAGCCAGCCAGCCAGCCAGCCCGUGGCAACACAAACAUGGCGGCGUCGUCGGCAGAAGCCCAACCUCGCUUUGGGCAGUCCGUCAAAGGAUUAUUAUCUGAUAAAGUGGGCUCUUGCAGCGUAGACGUGAUCGCGCUGACACGCCAGGUGCUUAAAGUUUCCCGCAGCCAAGAGCUUCUCGGUCAAGCAGCCAGAAAUAUGGUGAUUCAGGAGGACGCGAUCCUACACUCGGAGGAUAGUCUAAGAAAAAUGUCCAUCAUAACGACACAUUUACAAUAUCAGCAGGAGGCCAUCCAAAAGAAUGUGGAGCAUUCUAGAAAUUUGCAAGAUCAACUUAUCCACCUGCUAAAGUAGACGUACAUCAAGUUGGUUUUCAUUGGAUAACACCAGCCGUGUGUUAUGUUUGCAACAACGUAUUCUCAUAUCCCAUUGUCAUCCACUUACAAUAGUUGGUUAUGUUUACACGUCACGGCGUCCGCUAAGCGCUGGUCAAACAUUUACUGCAAAUGUUCUCGAUAAUCACUACCAUGAAAUAUUACAGAAGAGUGGGAACCAGA